AUAGCUGCCACCUCAGUGCGGGAUGGCCGCGGAGCCGGGUGGAAGUGCUCCGCGGCUCCGGGAGCCGGCUCUCGGGGCCGAGACAUGGCCCGGGGCCCCGGCCAACUAAGCCGGCCUCAUCCAGACAUUGUCGCCAUGCCCAAGAGAGGAAAACGGCUCAAGUUCCGGGCCCACGACGCCUGCUCGGGCCGAGUGACCGUGGCGGAUUAUGCCAACUCGGAUCCGGCGGUGGUGAGGUCUGGACGGGUCAAGAAAGCCGUGGCCAACGCUGUUCAGCAGGAAGUAAAAUCUCUUUGUGGCUUGGAAGCCUCCCAGGUUCCUGCAGAGGAGGCUCUUUCUGGGGUGGGUGAGCCGUGUGACGUCAUGGACAGCAGUGAUGAGAUGGACGCUCAGGAGGAAAGCACUCACGAAAGAUCAGUCUCCAGGAAGAAGAAAAGCAAGAGGCACAGAGAAGACCUGGAUGGGGCUGGAGAAGAGUAUCCUAUGGAUAUUUGGCUGUUGCUGGCUUCCUAUAUCCGUCCUGAGGAUAUUGUGAAUUUUUCCCUGAUUUGUAAGAAUGCUUGGACUGUCACUUGCACUGCUGCCUUUUGGACCAGGUUGUACCGAAGGCACUACUCGCUGGAUGCUUCUCUGCCCUUGCGGCUGCGCCCAGAGUCCAUGGAGAAGCUGCGCUGUCUCCGGGCAUGUGUGAUCCGAUCUCUGUACCAUAUGUAUGAACCAUUUGCUGCUCGAAUCUCCAAGAAUCCAGCCAUUCCGGAAAGCACUCCCAGCACACUGAAGAAUUCCAAAUGCUUACUUUUCUGGUGCAGAAAGAUUGUUGGGAACAGACAAGAACCAAUGUGGGAGUUCAACUUCAAGUUCAAAAAACAGUCCCCUAGAUUAAAGAGCAAGUGUAUGGAACGGUUGCAGCCACCCAUUCAAUAUGAGGAUGUUCAUACCAACCCUGACCAGGACUGCUGCCUGCUACAGGUUACCACCCUCAAUUUCAUCUUUGUUCCUAUUGUCAUGGGAAUGAUAUUUACCUUGUUUACUAUUAAUGUGAGUACAGACAUGCGGCAUCAUCGAGUGAGAUUGGUGUUCCAAGAUUCUCCUGUUCGUGGUGGUCAGAAUCUGCGCAGUGAACAGGGUGUGCAAGUCGUCCUGGACCCAGUACACAGUGUUCGGCUCUUUGACUGGUGGCAUCCGCAGUAUCCAUUCUCCCUGAGAGCAUAGUUACUGCUUCCCAUCCCUUGGGACAGCUCCCAGACUAGUCCGUUAGUAAUCAGAUUCUGUUGGAGGGGCAGCUGGAUUGUAUAUCUGAUUAGUGAUGCAAAUACUGUUGGGUUCCUGGGGCUCCUAUUACAGGAGGUGGAAAGGUUGAAUCAAGAGGAAAAACACCUAUGAUUUAUAAACAUUUUCAUGUAAAAUUUGCAUAUUUGAAAGGAGAAACCUGGCCUCAUUUUCCGUGUUAAUCCCCAAUUGGUGCUGUUGAGCUUGUUCUUUAUUUUAUCUCAACAAAAAUGGAUGAUCUUGCGCCAGGGAAAAAUUAGACACUUAACUUUUCAAGCAAGGAAAUUUUCCCUUGUGGAUUGCAGGAACCCAGAGGUUUAAAAUGGUUGCUCCAUUGUUGCUGCUCCUCAAAUUCAAGUGAAUAUUUUUUCUUUUCCCUUUACCCUUCUCCAGAAAUAAAGCAGGCGACAGGGUUGUCAGAAUCUUGUAAGAUUGACUUGUGCAUCUUUUAAAAAAAUGCUUUUUGGAUAUUUAUUACAUGAAUAUUGAUUGUUUUGCUGAUUUUGUAUUUUGGGUUUUUGCUUUACUGCAUGAGACUGAUAGUGGUGGUAAUGAUCAUGUGCCCCUGGUACUGUCCUAAGAACUUUAUAUGCUGUGUCUCUAAUCCUUGUGUCUUGCAAGGUAAUUGAAAUCCUUCCCAUGUUAUGGUUGAGAAGCUGAAUCAUUGACUUACCCAAGGCCAGAGCUGCUGAUCCCUGCAGAGCGAGGAUUCUGACCUAUGUCUUUUUUGCUAUGCCACAACUCCAAAGGCCAACCAUUUUUCUUGUGGUACAUAGUGUUAAAAGGGAGUGGGCAGAAUGUGAUAAAUAAAAAAGUAAAGAAUGA